GGUUCUGGUCUCCGUUGCAUCCAGAGCCAGAACCAAAAAAGAAAGCAAGAAAGAAAGGAAAGCGAGCAUUCUAGUCCGGUAAAACUUUUGCACUCAACUGUCACGACUCGAACAUCGCUGCGGCUUCUGCGGUGGAAACAUGGCGAUUAGGGCGCUCAGAGGUAUGGUGAACGGGGCCAUGAGCGAGUUUUCAUCGGCCGUCAGCGGGAACAGACCGACGGCCGCCGCUCCGGUCCACCCGGCUGCCACCGCCGCCGCCUCCAGGGAGCAUGCGAUGGCUGUUAGCCGGGAUUACAUCUCCCAGCCCCGCCUGACCUAUAAAACUGUUUCUGGAGUCAAUGGUCCUCUGGUGAUUUUGGAUCAAGUCAAGUUUCCAAAGUACGCUGAGAUUGUCCAUCUCACUUUGCCUGAUGGUACCAAGAGGAGUGGGCAGGUGCUGGAGGUCAUUGGCUCCAAAGCUGUGGUGCAGGUGUUUGAGGGCACUUCAGGCAUUGAUGCAAAGAAGACCAGCUGUGAAUUUACUGGAGAUAUCUUACGAACGCCUGUCUCUGAGGACAUGUUGGGACGUGUGUUUAACGGUUCUGGCAAACCCAUCGACAGAGGGCCGGCGGUGCUGGCAGAAGACUUCUUGGACAUCAUGGGCCAGCCCAUAAACCCCCAGUGUCGCAUCUACCCAGAGGAGAUGAUCCAGACCGGCAUAUCUGCCAUCGAUGGCAUGAACAGCAUUGCUAGGGGACAGAAAAUUCCCAUCUUCUCUGCUGCUGGGCUGCCACACAAUGAGAUCGCAGCUCAGAUCUGUCGACAGGCCGGUUUGGUGAAGAAGUCCAAAGACGUGAUGGACUACAGUGAGGACAACUUUGCUAUUGUUUUUGCAGCCAUGGGGGUCAACAUGGAGACUGCCAGGUUCUUUAAGUCAGAUUUUGAGGAAAAUGGAUCCAUGGACAAUGUCUGUCUGUUCCUCAACCUGGCCAAUGACCCCACCAUUGAGCGAAUCAUCACUCCCCGUUUAGCUCUGACAUCAGCAGAGUACCUGGCCUAUCAGUGUGAGAAGCACGUCCUCGUCAUCCUCACCGACAUGAGCUCCUACGCCGAGGCCCUUCGAGAGGUGUCUGCUGCCAGAGAGGAGGUGCCGGGCCGCCGAGGUUUCCCUGGCUACAUGUACACCGAUCUAGCCACCAUCUAUGAGAGGGCCGGCAGAGUAGAGGGCCGCAACGGCUCCAUCACCCAGAUCCCCAUCCUCACCAUGCCUAAUGAUGACAUCACCCAUCCUAUUCCUGACCUGACCGGUUACAUCACUGAGGGACAGAUCUAUGUGGACAGACAGCUUCACAACAGACAGAUCUACCCCCCCAUCAAUGUUCUUCCAUCUCUCUCUCGACUGAUGAAGUCUGCUAUUGGGGAGGGAAUGACCCGCAGAGACCACUCUGAUGUUUCCAACCAGCUUUAUGCAUGCUAUGCCAUAGGGAAAGAUGUCCAGGCCAUGAAGGCGGUGGUGGGAGAAGAGGCUCUUACUGCUGAUGACCUGCUAUAUCUGGAGUUCCUUACUAAGUUUGAGAAGAACUUCAUUUCCCAAGGAGCCUAUGAGAACAGGAGUGUGUUUGAGACUCUGGACAUCGGAUGGCAGCUCAUGAGGAUCUUCCCCAAAGAAAUGCUGAAGAGAAUCCCUCAGAACACCCUGGCUGAGUUCUACCCCCGAGAAUCCAAACAUUAGCUACACACACACGCCUCCACACACUCCGCUUCCUGUCCUCUAAGUCCUCGCUCUGUAUAUACAGUGUAGUGUUGUGACGCUGUAACCAUGCCGAUGCUUGCUGCUUUCAUCUGACGUUGAGGGUAAAUCAUCCCGGCAUAAACAGGAGGACAAAAAGAAAUGGACUUUCAGAAGUUUUUCUCCAGAGUAAAUGUCAGGAGCUUCCUGUGGAGAGUAAUAUGUACACUAAAUGUGUGUCAAGAAAAUGACAUAAUUCAUAAAAAGAUUUAUGAAUUAUAGAGGGCGCACUCGAUAGCCACUAGAGGGCGCACAUGGCACAGUGUAAGUCCAUCUGAGGGAUCGGCUCUGAAGCAUACAGGAACGCCACUAUUUACUGAAUGUCUACAUCAUUUCUGUCAUCGCAUGAAGAAAACCGUGUGCUUUGUGUGUUCCACAUGUAUUCUAUCUGCAGCAUAGAAAAUCUGAUUGAGUCUCAGGAAGUCAGAGUGAGCUAAAGUUGAGUAAAAAUACCAAAAGAAAACUGCAGAAAAGGAGCAAAUCAUUCAAUCAAACAGUUUAAAUUUGAUAAUUAACCUUAAACUCACCUUGUUCUGCUCGGCCCAGUUUUGCUCUUCUAACUGAAACAUUUAAACUUUUGGUUAAACUUUCUUACCAGUUGCAAAAAUAUCCUGUAUAGACGGGUUUAUAACGGCGAUCUAGACACAGUUGUUGCUGUGUAUUGUUGAUAUCAUUUUGUAAAUUUGCUCCAUUGUUUAUCCAUGUCAACUAUGACAGCUCACAUAAAGGAAAGCAUGAAAAAUGCUUUAUAAUACCAAAUAAACAGGCCCGAGCUUCUCAAAAGCUUCUGAAGAUUUUUGAUUCACAUAAAAAAAUUCUGCCAUUCAGCAGCUUUGUCAAAUAUUUCAUCUAUCAUAAAGAAACUGUUUGUUGCUCUUCAUUUAUAACCAGCCAGAGAGAUGGAUGCAUUUUAAUGCUCAUAUCAAUAUAAAAUCAGAUAACAAGCCAGCCGAAAUACGAUUCAUUCCUGGUUCCUUCAGCUUUUCUUGACAGACUCUUGUUAUCGAGGUGUCAGUCAGAACGAGCUCUUAUCCAUAUUAAAAUAUAGGACAGUCUGAGCUGUGCAGCUCCAUGUGACAGAAAAAACAGGACAACAUGCAUUUACCAAGCAAAUAGACAGACUGGGUUCUGGAGACAAGUCUGCCUCGUUUAGAACCGGACCAGAGAGAAGAAACUUCAGCUUCAUGUCUGUAAACAGGAAGUAGACACCAGUGGAGGUACGGAGCCACUCCUGGUUUAUUGUUGUUGACAGGUAAUUGUGGAAAAAAGACAAUUUCUCACUGAUGUAUUUACAAGCUGCGCUUUUAUCGCAAACUAGAUUGCAGAUGCAGAACUGACCAAAUUAACUUUAAUUUAGAAUUCUGUUAACAUUUCUUUCAAAAAGAAUAGAUUCUCCUUAGUUUGUGUGCGAUUAGAGUCGCUGAUACCUUGGGCUGUCCCUGAAUAGAUCAUCAACAUCAUAGAAUGAAUGAUACAUUUAAGAAUAUACUGAAAUUAAUUUAUCUCACCUAAAUUUUUUCAGUUUUUCUUUUGGUGGAAAUUGGUUAAAUGUUCAGUUCUGUUCUCAGCGCCUGUCAUGUUUCAUUUAGAUCAGGUCAGAUAUGAAGAGAACUCAAUCAAUGACAGUAAAGUAUAAAAUGUCUUCUGGCCUCUUUAAAAAGUUUUUAAUUCAACCGUCUUUGUUUAUGAGUCCAGCAGAGUUAAGAUCUGUUUGGACACAAGAAUAUUGAAUGAAGUAUGACUUUGUUAUAAAGGUUCCUUUGUUCCUUUCAGACCAUGAACUGUGGAUUGUAUUUGGGUGUGAGCGGUUGACAUUGAUUGUAAACUCAACAUGUUUAGUUGUGUUUGUUUCAUUGCUGUCUUUAUAUGGAACAUCUGCUGCUGAGUUUUAGUUUUCUCCUUCAGCUCGUCCUGUGAUUGGUUGGAUGUGUGUAUCUGAUGUCAUCAGUCAUGUCUGACUUUAAUUCUCCAUCAACAGUUCCAACUCUGUAUGUAUUUCUGAAAAUAUUUAUUUUUCUUCAGAUUUAUUUGUAUCAUCAUUUAAAUACAUUAGAUUUAAGAUCGAAGUACAUUUUAAAGUUACACACACAUACACACACACACACACACACACGCAUACAUAUAUAAAUUCAAAUAAUUCCUAACACUUUAAAAACAGAACUGUGUUGUUAACCUGAGGGAUUCAGACUGCUUUGAUUGGACGGUGUGAUGGUGACAGACCCUCGUUGUCUGAUUGGAGCUCUUUAUCAUUGUUUGUAGUGAUUAUUGUUCUGGUAAUCCAGACAUGCCUGUAAUGACAAAGCCAUCACCUGAAGUUAAGCUGCCUGUGUUUUAACAAUACGCUCCAUGUGUUGGAAUGUUGGAUGUCUUCAGGUCAUGAUUGUGUAAAACGAUGUCCGUGUUCCUGUUCUCUGUGUACGAGUCGUUUUAAAAUCCCUUCAUCUGUGUAAACAGUGUUUGUGUUUAUGUGCUGUGAGCUUAUUGAUUGGUUCAGUAGAAACUGCAUGCUUUGUUACUAAAUGUCUCCUGUCGGUGCCUCGGGUUUCAUGUCUGACUGUAAAAUAAAGGCUGCUGCCUCAGUA